UUGAUGAGCGGGAGCAGCUUGGAUGAAAUGAUUGAAUAACAAUUAUGUGUACAUUUAUUUCGUAGCGCUCGCACACGCAGCCUGGGCGGUCUAGUCACGGAGUCAAGCGCUUCGUGGUGGAUUCAUUAGAGGAGUUUCUCUAGUUUCAAGAAACUUUAUUAUAAUAUAUACAUGUACUAGGCUAUAGAUACAGUAUGUUUACGAUUGUAGCCUAAAAUACGCUGGUUUCAAAAUAAUAGUGUGGAACACACACACUUGGAAAGACUAACACAGUGAGAAAGGAGCCACGCACUCAGGGUUUAGGAUUUACUGGAACCAGGACAUAUCCACCCUUAAGGAUUUUAGUGACGUAGUUCCUCCGGAUUGUGGGAAUCCCAUUGAACUGACCAGGAGGGAGUUGCUAUUGCAAAACCAAUAGUGGAGUCGACCAUGGGGAUAAAAGAGGACUUAGUAGUGACCACGGCUGUGAACUUUGUCGGGAACGGAAACUUCCUGGACUCGGCGUUCCGCUACACCCUCUUCCCAGUGUUCUACGGUGUUGUGUUCAUCCUUGGGCUGAUAGCCAAUAGUUACGUGCUGUUCGUGCUGUGGCGCCUACGCGAUGCCAAGGCCUUGAACGAGAUCUGCAUCUACAUGGCCAACCUGACUGUGGCCGACCUCCUCUUCGUGUGCGCCCUCCCCGUCUGGAUUGGCUACUACCAUCACGGUGGCGUCUGGCUCUACGGCGAAUUCCUGUGCCGUGUCACCGGCGUGUUCUUCUUCAUCAACACCUACUGCUCCAUCCUCUUCCUCACUGCCAUCAGUAUCAACCGCUACUGGGCCAUCACGCGCCCGCUGAACGCCGCCUCGUCCGACCAUUGGUGCCGUGGGGUGGUCGUCACAGCGGUCAUCUGGGUGGUCACUCUGUCCAUGUCUGUGCCAUACCUCUUGAAGACGGGCAUCCAGAAGGACGAGAGGAACGUGUCGCGAUGCUUCGAGGGCUACCACCAUGAGACAGAUGGCGAGAAGCGGCUGGUGGCCGCAACCCACCUUAUCAUUGUGGGGUGCUUCGUCUUGGUCUUCUUCCUCGUCGUAGUGUGUAAUCUGCUAAUCGCCCGGGCGUUACUAGCCCAGUCCCUUACCCAGGCUCGGGGCUCCAGUUCCUCCAAACCCCGGGGGGUGAAGGGCCGGGCCCUGCAGAUGCUGUGCGCUGUGGUGGGGGUGUUUGUGGUGUGCUUCCUCCCCCACCACAUGGUCCAGGGCCCCUGGACCCUGGCUGUGCUGGAGAUCAAGGAGGGCUGGGGCAGCACGGAAUGGAACCAGAAGACCAGGCAGUGGUUGAACGACGCCCACCAGGUCACCCUGAUGCUGAUGGGGCUCAACUGCCUCUUAGAUCCCGUGGUGUACUGCUUCGCCACCAGGAGGUUCCACAUGUAUAUCAAGGACCAUCUGAAAAAGGUGGGGAUGGGCAGAGGCUGCUCGGAAACAGCCAUCACACACAUCCCAUAGUGGAAUGCAAGAAUGUGAGCCAGCGGCUCCAUCGUGAACAGCAGCAGCUCAAUAAUUAAAGUCCUUCACUGUAAUGGAAAACUGUAAUUUAUAUGGUAAAUUUGGGUAUUAUCAACAGUAAAAUACUCCUAACGUUUUACUGCAGCAUAGUGUAAAUUGUUGUGGGCGGGGAAACAAUUGCUUUAUUUUGAAUGGUACUGUAAUUCCACCCCACAGAAUACAGUACUGUACCGUGUCAAAAACCUUUUGACCACUUGUGGGUGCAUGUUAUUGUUGUUUCUGGCUUAUUAACAUAUUUUGAGCUGUGUCUUGUAAGAGGCUAUAUUUGUUGCACCCAUGAGUGAAAAUGCUGUACCAAUUUAACUUAUGUUAUAGGAGACAGAUUGUACAGGGGACAGAUUUUAGUGGCAGUGAGUCUUAAACCUUAAAUGGUUGAGCAUUUUGCCAUGUCCUUUUGGUCUGUACCCCUGUAGUCGCUGCCAGUUUGGAAGAUUUUGUUAAGGCCUCUACAGGUGCAAGUAAUAUAAAAUACCAAUUAUGCAUUAAUAUGCUGUGGGAUGUUUACAACCAGAUUCAUCUGGUUUUCAAGGGAAAAGGAAAGAGAGCUAUUUGCAAAUAGUCUGGGUAGCCAUUUGAUUAGCUGUUAAAUUUCACCACCUCUCUUUCUUCCUGUUCUUUUUCUCUUUGAGCGUAAACAGAGUAUAAAAGCAGAAGUUUCAUAGGGAACUUGAGCUUCUAUAAAUGAUAGAUUCACCCCUUAUACAAUUCCCUCUGGAAGGACAUUAAAGGGCUCUAUUCAGAAAUCCUCAUUAUUCCGUUGAAUGAUUUAAAAUUUGAGCGUCAUUAUUUCUAUAAGGCCUAUACUUUCUCGUUCUGAACUUCUAACCUGAGUAGGACGGGUCUGGCUUUGCGACAAUGAUCAAGAGCAGCUGCUCACCGAUAUGACAGCCCCAAUGCAGUUACACCUCCGACACCGCCAAAACAUCAGCUAUGCGGGUGUCGGCUAUUGCCGGUUAAUGCUGAUCUGAUUGAAUCUAGGCCUAAGGGUCCCACUGUUCAGCAAGAGUAGGAGCAGGGCAAGUUUCAUUCAGCCAUCAGGCUGCUGAACAGUGGGACAUAGGACAGAUAUAGAUGGACAGUAGGCCCCAGAGACUUUGAAUAUGUGAAAAUGUAAAUGUGUGACUUGUGUACUAGCUUUCCAGUUUUCCGUACUGGAUGUAAUAUAUUGUGUUGUGUUUGUGUAUUUGUAUGCUGACACCAGAACAUGAAUUUACAUGUAAAUGGACAAAGUAUAUCGUAUCAUAUCGUAUUUGUUUUGCAAUUUGUACGAUUGCAAAACAAAUACUGGGAGCCAAGAAGUACUUUUUAAAAUGUGAUGAAUUGCUAUUAUUGUUAUUGCUAUUAUUAUUGUAAAGAAUGGUGGAGUAACAAGCUUUUAAGGUCAUUUUAUGAGGCUGGUAAACAUCCUACUGGGCACAGAUGUCAAUUCAACAUCUAUUCCAUGUUGGGUCAGCGUAAUUUCAAUGAAAUGACGUGGAAACAAUGUUGAUUCAACCAGUAUAUGCUCAGUGGGAUGUGAUGAACGUGAUGACUUCUCAGCUGUCAGCUGCUGAAGUAUAAACAGAGACGGUUUAUGAAGGAAGUUGACCACUGGUAUAAAUGUUGCACUCUUUGUAUGUGAUGCAAUUGAAACAUAUUGUGUAACGCUGUACUGUAUUCUCAAAUAAAACAAAUAUCUAACGGUCACGGCCGUUAA